AACCUGUCUGUUUUUCGAUAAAUAAAUAACCCCACCUGGCGUCUCCCGUGCAAGCUAAAUAACUCGACCGCUUUCACCAGCCAGGAGGAAGGCAUCCCGGAGGCGAAACAGAAGAAGGGGAAAGGAACAAGGAAAUAGCCCGCUCCCAAUACCGUCUCUCCGCCCUUUAUUAGUUUAUGGGGUGCAAUUUCUCCUUCGAUCUAAACUAAUAUACGGAAAAAAAAUAGGAGGAGGAGGAGGAGGGCACUUGAGGGGAGAGCGAUGGACAUCGAGCGCAAGCACGCGGAGCUCAUCGAUCUCUUCGUGAAGCAGGCCGCCGUCCUGGACGGCCCCGCCCUCGCCGGUCUCGUCCUCGAGGCUACCUCCCAUCCCUCCCUCUUCGCCUUCUCCGAGAUCCUCUCCGUCCCCACCCUCGCCAAGCUUGAGGGGACCCUGUAUUCGUCAUCUCUGGAUGUGCUUCGAUUGUUCGCAUACGGCACGUGGAGCGAUUACAAAUGUAAUGCUGGCUCUCUUCCAGCGCUCUCUCCUGAUCAAGUCCGAAAGCUGAAGCAACUUAGUGUGCUGACUCUGGCUGAGACAAACAAGGUAUUGCCUUAUGAUCAACUUAUGCAAGAACUAGAUGUUUCCAAUGUAAGGGAACUUGAAGACUUUCUCAUCAAUGAGUGCAUGUAUGCGGGUAUUGUUAGAGGAAAACUGGAUCAGUUGAGCAGGUGCUUUGAGGUCCAGUUUGCUGCUGGGAGGGAUCUUAGACCUGAACAACUGAAUAACAUGAUACAAACAUUAGGAAACUGGUUGGACACAUCAGAUGGUUUACUUCAUUUGAUUCAAGAUAAAAUCAAGUGGGCUGACACAAUGAGUGAGGCAACCAAGAAACACUGCAAGGAAAUUGAAGACAGGGUGGAAGAAGUGAAAAAAAUCUCUCAAGGGCCUUUGCUAGGGGCUCGUGCCCGUGAGCUUAUGGAAUCUGUAUUGGCCCUACAUGGGGCCCCACCUGGCCCCGUCCACCAUCCGUUUUUGAUCCUGGGACUUUGACGAGGGCCUCUGCCGGAGAAUACUGAAUAGAAUAUCCUGCACGGGGUCUCUUAGAAGCAGCGCCUCGUCUUCAUGGCCGAUUGAAGCUUCCGCGAAGGGGGUAGCGUUGGAUCAGUUUCCCAUGUUUCUCGCGGUGUUGAAAAGUAGGGCUUGGAAUCUGCUGCACCAAGCAAACUGACAAAGGCCCGGCCACACGAAUGAGAUGAGAAAGACUUUGAAGUCUUGGACUUGACCAAGCGAAGCUGUUAGGUUCUGGUAGUGUGGAUUUUGAAUGCUAUUUUGGAAAGUCAAAAGGAGAUCGAAAGAUCUGAUGUUAAAUCUAGGGGUCAGAUUCUCAUUCCAACCCUCACGUUGGUUUGUGCUUGCUAUUCCUUUGCCUUCCUCGUGCUCGUGAAGCGGUUUUCUUCGUCGCUGGGGCCCAUGCAUUACUUGUGACAUCACCAUCCGUUCAGAGACGACUGAUCAUACUUAUUUUAUUUGUUUGGCAUGUGGCCGCCGCUUGGGAGAAAACUCAGGGAUUCGAUCUUUGGUCAUCAGGGAUUGGAUUGAUUGGUGGGUCGGUCCUGAUUUAGAUUUAUGGACGUGUUUGUUACUAAACUAAUAAUAAUGUGAUUCUGGAAUGCAUACCUUUUGUGGUUGGAGGGAUUAGCUA